GCGUUAAUCUUGAUGGCGUAAACCGUUUUCGAAUUGACAUACUUGUAAUCGCGAGCGAAGUGAUGUUUUUUCGAUUUGUUCAUUUCAAAUAAAAUCGCGUUAACAACAAUAUAUUACAAGUGUGAAAAAGAUGUUACCAACGAUGUCAAAGGAUUCGGAGAUUAAAGAUGGAGAAAACAAGAAUCUGAUUAAGAUUGUAGAACGACCAACAUUUAUAUUGAAGACUAGAGAAGGAGAAAAUAGAGCUGUUUCUCCAAGUCAACGUAAUGGUCACAAAAAAGAUAUCGAUAUAUCUUCAGUAGCAUCAAAAGUACAAGAAUCGAUUCGUAUACUUUCCAUAUGCCCUGAAAUGAAUACAUGCAUCAAAUUCAUGGAUGAAAAUAUGCAACUAUGUGAAAAUUCAAUAGAUUUUUUGUAUGAUCAACAAGAUUUUUUAGUCGUUGGAUGUUUAGGUGCACAAGGUGUCGGUAAAUCAACAAUCAUGUCACUGCUAACAUCACAUUAUUCAUCUAACAUUUUUCAAAUUCAAGAUUUGUCACAUUAUGAAAGUAGUACAAAUUGUACCACUGGAAUAGAUUUUUUUAUAACUAAAAAUAGAGUAAUAUAUUUGGAUACACAACCAAUUCUUUCUGGAUUUGUGAUUGACUCUGCUGCAUCCUUUGAUCAGAAAAAAGGUGCACCUGAUUUUAUGAAUAGUGAUUCUAAUUUGGAGUUACAAUCACUUCAGUUUGCAGCAUUUUUAUUUUCAGUGUGCCAUGUUAUUAUAUUUGUGCAGGAUUGGUUUGUCGAUCCAAAUUUAGUGAGAUUUUUAGAAACUGCAGAAAUGUUAAAACCGUCCUCAACAACAGUCAUAGAUCAAGAUUAUGUAGAAUAUUAUCCACAUGUUAUAUUUUUGCAUAAUAAAGCAGAAUUGCAAGAUUUUAUGCCAGCUACUAUUGAUGAAAUGAAGGAUUUUUAUAAUAAAAUAUUUUCUAGUUCUCGAUUACAAACUCAUAGCGGUAUAGAUAUGAAUCAUUGUUCGACAGAAAGUGGUUUAAAUUUAUUUUUGAUACCUUCGAGAAAUAAACAAGAAGAUAUGAUUUUUUGUGAAAAUGAAGAAUUUCUUAUAGAUAAACUGCGAACAAAGAUAUAUGGAGUUCCUAGGAAUUCAAUUACACCUUCUGUGUUAACAGAAAAAAAUUGGUAUCAUUACGUUUCAAAAGUCAUAGAAGUUAUAAAGAAAAGUCAUCUGUCUUCUGAAUAUGGAAGAUUAAUGCCUUAAAUCUAAA